ACUCUUUUCGUAUGGCAUCUGAAUGUUUCGCCUACUCUGCUAAAAGCUGAUCUCAGAUCUGCCGCUACCCUUUCAUCGCUGCUUCUUGUUCCGGCCAAUAAGGCGCGAAGUUACUCAGCCCAGGUAGCGUUGCCAUCACAUUGAGGUGGUCAUUUUGUUUGUUUGCUAAUUCGGCUACACGUGGAACUUUGCCGUUUCAAACUUGAACAGGAUCUUUAAAACGGCGAAAAACAAUGGCAGAAAAACCGAUAUGGGAGCAAAUCGGCAGUGGAUUCGUGCAACACUAUUAUCAGCAGUUUGAUACAGACCGCGUGAAGCUCUCCGAACUGUAUACCGAUGCUUCUUGUUUGACAUGGGAAGGAGAGGGAUUUCAAGGGAAAAAUGCAAUCAUGACCAAAUUAAGUAGCCUUCCCUUUCAGACCAUUCAGCACAUCAUCACCGCUCAGGACCAUCACCCCACUCCAGACAGCUGUGUCAUGAGUAUGGUCAUGGGCCAGCUUAAAGCUGAUCAGGACCAAGUUAUGGGCUUUCAGCAAGUCUUCUUGCUGAAAAAUGUAGAUAACAAAUGGGUCUGCACCAACGACAUGUUCAGAUUAGCACUUCAUAACUUUGGAGCAUAGUAUGCAUAGUAUUUACAAUCCAUGCAAUUUUUGUAUCUGGAGUAUGGCCUCCCAUUUCAUACUCCAAACUGAUUUCGUCUUAUUUUGCAAAGGAUCUCGAAGAUUCAUGAUCAUCAGAUAAGAAAAAGACAUGUUAAAAACAACUGAUUAUAAUAAUCAUAGUCAUAUUUCCAUGUUUGAAAAUAAAUCUCAUGUUAUUACAAUCCA